ACGAUUACAACAACCCGAUCGAGGUGCCGCUGCUGGCGCAGAGCCUGAGCGGGCAGCAGAGCGACGCCGACGCCGACAAGCCGGACCACAUGGUGGAGGUGCAGCUGAUCGUCACUCAGCGCUCCCUCGACGCUGAGCAGUUCGUGCAGAAGCAGGCGCAGAUCCUGUGCCUCAAAUCGGGCCUCCAGUUCAUGCACUGCGAGGACUACGACCUGAAAGUCGUCCAUGUCUGUCCAAUGAACGGCGAGAUUAUCGGCCAGGGCGUGAUCAAGGUGGGCGCCCUGAGGACGGCCGAUCCGCACGCCUUCGUCGAGAACUUCUGGGGCCAUUUUCUGUUCGUGUGGAGCAUCGCGACCGACGCUUUCGACGUGCUGGACGACGACGCCAAUCGCCUCUUUUGCGCCAAAGAGCAGGUCAGUCCGCGCAAGAUCCAGUGUGCGCACUGUCACUGCGCCGGCGUGUGGGUGCUCGCCAUGUCCCGGCUGUCCUUGGACCGCCUGUGGGACCCCACCGGACACUACAAGAUCGUCCUGCAGUCCGGACACUCGGAUCCCGGCUCCGACUCGGACUUCGAGUGAACCCCUGGACCGGUGGGCGGACGCUUUUUUGCCUGGCCGAAGCCAAUGAAGACGACUUUCCGUGUUAUUCUCUAAGUUUCAACUGUGAUUUAUAUUGUUGUGAGGACAAAGACCGAUAUUAAUAAUAAAGCUGAUUAUUGUUUG